CGCCCGGGCGGCUGCCCCAGCUGGGCAGUGCUGCUGUGCGCCGCGCUCGGUGCCCGCGCUCCCCGCUCCGCGCUCCCCGCCAGCCGCCCCGGGGCAGGAGGCGCGCCUGGCGGCCGGCCGGCCAGACAAAGGAGGCGCGGCGCGGCGGAGCCGGCGCGGGCCAACGGACCAUGGACUCGGGGCGCGAGCGGCCGGCCCCAGCCCUGAGGACCCGGCGCCCCCGGGCCCGGCCCUAGGCGCCCGGCUCCGCCGCCCGGGGCGCGCAGCGGGGAGGACGCGGAGCCCGUGCGGCGCGGAGGAGGAGGCGGCGGCCGCCGAGCUAGAGGGGCGCCGCGGCGGACGGCCCGCGCGGCCCCCGGAGCCAUGGGCAAGUGCAGCGGGCGCUGCACGCUCGUCGCCUUCUGCUGCCUGCAGCUGGUGGCUGCACUGGAGAGGCAGAUCUUUGACUUCUUGGGCUAUCAGUGGGCUCCUAUCUUAGCCAACUUCCUGCACAUCAUGGCCGUCAUCCUGGGCAUCUUCGGCACCGUGCAGUACCGCUCCCGGUACCUCAUUCUGUAUGCAGCCUGGCUGGUGCUCUGGGUUGGCUGGAAUGCAUUUAUCAUCUGCUUCUACCUGGAGGUCGGACAGCUGUCCCAGGACCGGGACUUCAUCAUGACCUUCAACACGUCCCUGCACCGCUCCUGGUGGAUGGAGAAUGGGCCAGGCUGCCUAGUGACACCUGUCCUGAACUCCCGCCUGGCCCUGGAAGACCACCAUGUCAUCUCUGUCACCGGCUGCCUGCUUGACUAUCCCUACAUCGAAGCACUCAGCAGUGCUCUGCAGAUCUUCCUGGCUCUGUUCGGCUUUGUGUUCGCCUGCUACGUGAGCAAAGUGUUCCUGGAGGAGGAGGACAGCUUCGACUUCAUCGGUGGCUUUGACUCCUACGGAUACCAGGCGCCCCAGAAGACGUCGCAUUUACAACUGCAGCCUCUGUACACGUCGGGGUAGCCGCGCUCCCCACCCGGGCGCCGCGUGCUUGCUGGCUAGACUGAAGCUGAGGCCACCAGGUCGGGCCCAAAUGGCAGGAGCGCCCCCUGGCGGCUAGCGGACCGACUGCAGCCUGCACUGGCUGGGUCCGCCGGACAUGGACCUGGCCCUUCGCAGCCCGACUCCAAGGGUGGGGCGGGCCGGGCGGGGGAGGGGAUCGCGGGGGUUUGUAUUUUUUUUUUUUUUUUAUCUCAGCCUUGGUGUGCGCUGGGGCCUCCCUCCCUGCUCCAGCCUCUUCUUUUUGAAACCCUUCACCCAACUUCCGGUCCCCUGUCCAGAGAGAAAUGGACCUCAUUUUACCACACUGGUUCACCAGCCUUGGGGAGAGUUACUGUGACCUAGAAGCAGGAGUCCUGGGUUCCAGUUGCAGCUCCGUCACUGACUCUCUGUGUGACAUCUGGCAAGGCCCUUGCCCUCUCUGGGCCUCAGUUUCCCUCAAAUAAUUAAAAUAAUCUCUUAGCAGA